AUGUCCAGUCCGAAAUAUUCCACGAUUGAAAUCCUUCCAAAUGAAUUAUGGUUGAACAUAUUUCAAUAUUUUAAUACGGAUGAUCUUUUCCGCACAUUUUUCAAACUUAACAAACGAAUCGAUAAUCUUGUAACCAGUGAGAACAAUCUGCAUUUAACUUUAAAUAACAACUUCGAUUAUGAACGGUGUAUGGACAUAAUCCUAAACUCAAUCAAAUCGCUUUCACAGGUGAAAUCAUUGACAUUACAGUAUUCUACGCUAUUGGAAAAAUUCUAUGCAAUUUAUCCAAUCACCCACUUUACUCAACUGCAUACUCUGCAUCUUCUUUCUUCAAUCAAACUCGAUAUAUUUCGUGAUAUCCUAUGUUUGACAACAUUGAAGUCACUCAGUCUUGUCUACAAUAGUGUUCAAAGCUUCGAGACUCAAUGGGAGACCUUGUGCAAUGAAGGAUCAAAUUUAGCUUUAACGCUAAUCGAUUUCGCUGUUAGACUUGACUUUAGUGAAGUGGUACAAUUGAAUACUGAAUCGGUCGCUCAACCAAACAUGAUCGAAAGAUUUACCAUGCAGUUCUUUUCGAAUCGGCGUUCGACGCUAAUACUUCCAUUUUUCGCACAAACACAAUUUUUGAUAUUCGGUCACUUACCUUCGAGAACACAAAGUUGCCUCGUUUUAAACCGUUGUAUCAAGAUAAAACUCGAUUUAUGUAAAGAUGUUACUCACGAACAAAUUCAAUCAAUUUUAAAGUUAGUACCACAAUUAAAAUACUUGAUAGUUUUACAAACAGAUUACUCAGUACAAGCAGCUGGCAGAGUAUGGCAACAUUUAUUGGAAAAUACAUGCAAAAAUGUUCUUAUAUUUAAUUUGACAAUUAGAUUUACAAAAGGAUAUGGUUGUCCCGAAUAUCCAUUAUCUUAUUGGAAUCAAAACAGUUUUCGAACGAUAUAUUGGGUCGAGAGAAAAACCAGAAGUAGAUUUCGUGAUCACGCUUUUCCAGGAUUCACCGCUUGUUUCGAUAUAAGAAAAAAAUGA